CGUUUUCAUUGAGGCCGCCCGCGUCACGUAGCUCACGCCCGUUUUCUACGCCUGGAAGAUGCUAGGGACACUGUACAGAGUCACUCCUGACGGGUCGAAGUCCUCGUCAGCGUCGCCUGCUGGAGUUUGGGUGUGGUCCUGUGCCUGUGUAUGCUGCCGCUGCUGCUUACUACACCGCCUCCCUCACCAUGUGUGAAAUACUACCCAAGAACAGGGAGGAGCUGCAGGCGUGGAUGGAGGGAGGAGAGGAGGCACUAGACUGGACUCCUUUCUUUACCUACCUCGCCUCCUUGAUGCCUCCCAGGAACGGGGAGGAGGUGGCUGAACGUCUGCGAGAUGUAUUCCAGCUGGUGCUGCCUUGUGACUUAACCCAACGGGAACCUCUAUCGCCCAUCCGUCAGAAGUAUGACGUAAUAAUGACAACUUUAUGUGUAGAAUUCACCUCGUGGUCGACUGAGGACUACCAAGAGUUAGUCGGCCGUGUGGUGACACUUCUGAAACCUGGCGGCGUGUUUUUUUAG